AUGUUCUCAGGAAAGAUCAAGCCCUAUAAUGAUCCUCGCGUCUCCCAACAGUCUGCAAAUCUCAAUGGGCAUGUAUAUGGCUAUCUCUAUGCCAAGUCGUCGCCUUCUACCUCAUACAAGGGCACUAUCAUCUUGAUUCAUGGUUUUCCAGACCUAUCCCUUGGCUGGCGCAAUCAAAUCCCCUACUUGUGCGACCUAGGACUCGACGUCAUCGCCAUCGAUUGUAUGGGCUAUGGCAGGACUGACUCGCCUCGUUUCACAAUCAAGGAUUACACUUUCAAACGCAUAAGUGACGAUAUCGCGGAACUCUGCCGUCAGCAGAAUCUAGAUCAAAUCAUCCUUGGUGGCCAUGAUUGGGGUGGUGCUAUUGUGUAUCGAAUCGCUCUUUACUUUCCAAGCCUGAUCACCGCGAUUUUCGCAGUUGGGACGCCUUAUACUCCUCCAACCCCUGAAUAUAAUACUUUGAACCAGAUAAUUCAACGCAUACCGAACUAUAAAUAUCAAAUUCAGUUUAGCUCUGGAGAGUUAGAGCACGAAAUUCGUUCCAAGCAUGAUAUUCGCCAAUUUUUCAACAAUAUACAUGGCGCAACUACGCCAGAAGGGAAAAGGGCAUUCAAUGUCUGCACUCGUGUCGACUUCGAUAAACAGAGACGCCUUAGAGAAAAUGAGGUAUUUGAUGCUGAUGAGUUUAGCUACUAUGUUGACGAGUACGCUCGUCAUGGCAUUAAUGGUCCUCUAAAUUGGUACCGUAGCCGCGAGCUCAAUUUUGAGGACGAGUGGCAGUACUUUUUUGAGGAAGGCCGGAGGUCGAGUCAGGAUGUUAUGCAAGAACUCGAGUUUGAGCAGGAAGUUCUCUUUAUCGUUGCCACUAACGAUGAGGUCUUAAGACCAGGAGUGGCGGAGGAAAUGGUACAAAUUAUUCCAAAAUUAACAACUCGGAUGGUGAAUGCUGGCCAUUGGGCUCUAUGGGAGAAACCAAAUCAAUGUAACGAUCUGAUUGGAGAGUGGUUGCAAUCGAAGGUAUUCAAAACACCUGCACAAUGA